AAAAACUAUAUAUUGUAAAUAAGACAGAGUAGCAGAAUGGCAGGCAAGCUGUACAUACAAGAACAAUACAACAACAACAAAAAGGAACACCGAACAGACAACCAAGCAAGCAUACAAAAACGGGCAAACCGGAACAAAACGGAAUCAUAUAAAGAGUUUAUGAGAGUGUAAAGCUAUCGAUCGAAACUGAGACAAAGGUGAAAAAAAACGAAGGAGGAAGAUAGCACGAUCAUGAUCAAACAGGGCCCGUAGUAGCAGAUGCAAAACUAUAGCAAAAACGAAGAGAAAGUAACUAACAAUUAGUGGAAAACAACUAUCAGCUCACACUCGCGCUGGACACGCAGACAGACAAGCUCACUCCAUUCACUAUUCAUCCCAAAAAAAAACACACAGAAACAGUCAAUCUAAUCGAUCAUCUAAUGCACCCGGGCAGUCGGUAGAAUGAGUGACGUGAAAGUGAAAAUCCCAAAACGAAGCACUAACGUCACUUUCGCGAGAAUCUCGCGGUAACUGCUCAUUUUACUCCGGUCGAAAAGAGAUGUCUCACCGCAGGGUGGGAUAUCGGUUUUUUUAUUUUUCCUUUUUUUAUGCCACAAAGAAUGGAAAUCAUACCCAUGCUGUACCGCAAAGCGAUACAAAUUAUCACACUUUAUCACACCGCCAAAGAGUGCGCAGGGAGGUCGAUCGAACGGUCGAAAUGGGCUGGUAAAAACACACAUUAACGCAGUAUCACUCUGAAUUGAUUUGCAGUAUGACAGGAGACAGGUGGGGCGCAGGAGAUGAAGAGCAGGAAAACAAUUCCCUCAAACCUGUUGGUGGUGGUGGCCCAGCUCCCCUGGGAUAAGGAGCGAACCAUCAUCUACCGGACCAGCAAACAAAUCCAAGCAAACAAACACAAUAGAGGGAGAGAGACAGAGAAAAAUCAUUGUGGGAGUAUUGAAGGAAGUGGAGCGAGGGAGAGAGAGAGAGAGGAGUGAAGGGGAUUAUAUUAAACACGAAGCGUACAAUCGAUGGUCAGCUGUGUGCAAAGUGCAACUGGCACAAGAGGGGGAAACAAUAAUUAAAACGAUGAAAACAUUGGCUACGUGAUGAUCGCAACCAUUUCCACGUCACCAUGGAGCUCCUCGAUUUAAUUCCAUUUCCCACUGACUCACUCUCUCUCUCUUACUUUUCCAUCCCUUCAUCUCUCCAUGAGAACACAGUACACUACAGACACACAGAAAACACCGGGACACAAACACAGAAUUGUAUUUGGUCUGGUUGGUCACAAAGUAUCACCAAAAAGGCAGGAAGAGCAGGCGCGCCCAUUUAUAGCAAAGCGAUGCGCAACGCAGCACACUUUGGUGACGAUGCCGGCGAUGACGCUGGUGAUGAUGCCGAUGCUGAUGGUGAUGAUGGAUACAUUUAUGAAU